CUCCUACAAUUUGUUCAUAGGUUACUAACUCGUAACUAUGCCUAAUAGUACAACUCUUUUCUUGCAAUGUCUGAUGGGCAUGCAAUGCAAGGACUUUGCCAUAAUCGCAGCCGACCAGACGAACACACAGAGCAUUAUCGUCAUGAAACAUGAUGAGAACAAAUUCUAUCACAUUUCGGAUCAGCUGGUGAUGGGCGUCAUCGGAGACCCAGGAGACAGGGUGCAGUUUGCACAGUUCAUCGCCAAGAACGUUCAGCUUUAUAAGAUGAGGAACGGGUACCAGCUCACCACACCAGCUGCGGUUCAUUUCACCAGGAAGACUCUGAUGGAAGCUUUGAAAACAGGGAACCCAUCGAUGGUGAACAUGCUGGUAGCGGGUUAUGACCCGGAGAAUGGAGGACAGCUGUACACCGUGGACUUUUUAGCUUCCAGCGUGAGGGUGCCAUUUGGGGUACAUGGGUUUGGAGGCCUGCUCAGCUUGGGCAUACUAGACCGAUUUCAUAAGCACGAAAUGACAGAAGACGAAGCCUAUGAAGUAAUAAAACAAUGUGUCUUUGAAGUCCACUCGAGGUUGUUCGUGAGUCUACCGAACUUCUUCGUGAAGAUUAUCAACAAAGACGGAAUUAAGGACAUGCCUAUCAUUACACCGGCUACGUAUAUAUUGAAAGCUCAAGGUUAGCUGAAGCAAACUGUU